GAAUUGUUUAUUAAAGCCUGCCGCGGAGGUUUGACAAGUAUCGUUGUUCGCUAUAUUGACGAAGGACAGGAGGUCGAUGCUCAAGACGCAACUCAAUGCACGGGGCUACACUAUGCAGCUGCUAAUGGACACGUCGAUGUUGUUCGCGUACUGAUUGGAGCCAAUGCCUCCCUAGAGGCACGAGAUGCGAACAAAGAAUCCCCCCUAAUUGCUGCCUGCCACCGUGGCGAGUGCCACGGGGUGUCUGUACUUCUUGCACAUGGAGCU